AUGCUUUUGAAAAGAACCCUGUCUGUAAUAAGAAGCAUCUUGGACACCUUUGAAUUUAUCAUUUUGUUUAUCUAUUACUGUUUUGAGGCUUUUGUUUUGAUGUUUUUUUGUGUUAAAAAAAAUGUUGCUGGGAAAAUAGUGCUUGUUACAGGAUCUGCCAAUGGAAUUGGAAAAGAGAUUGCUUUAAAUUUUGCCCGUCUUCACACAAUUCUGGUUCUUUGGGACAUCGAUGAAGAAGGUAACAAAAAAACAGCAGAGCUUGUCAAAGCCAAUGGAGCUUUAGCCGUUUAUACCUACAAAUGUGAUUUGCGCAUAAAAGAAGAAAUAUAUGCAGUGGCAGAUCAGGUUAAAAAAGAAGUAGGAAAUGUAAAUAUUCUAAUCAAUAAUGCAGGCAUAUUGAAUAGGAAGAAUUUCAUUGAUCUUCGUGAUUCUGAUAUAGAAGAAACAAUGGAAGUCAACAUUAAAGCACAUUUCUGGACCUGCAAAGCUUUUCUGCCAACCAUGAUUACCCGCAAUGAGGGACAUUUGGUUAGUAUUGCAAGUCUAGCAUCACUAUUUGGUGGCAAGAAUAUCACAGACUAUGCCGCAAGUAAAUUCGCAGCAUUUGGCUUUUUGGAAUCUGUUGCUUUUGAAAUGAGGGCUGCAGGAAAGAAAGGCAUUAAAACCACCAUUGUCUGUCCUGGUUAUGUGAAUACAAGGUUAAUUACUGGUUUAAAAACAGCGAGGCCAAUUCUCCUUCCUAUCAUGGAUGUAGGCUACGUGGCCAGGAAAAUUGUGGAUGCUGUUCUGAAAGAGAAACUUUAUGUAGUCUUGCCAUGUUAUCUAAGACUUAUUGUCCUUAAAAUCUUUUUCCCUAAAAAAGCGGUUUUACUUACUGCAGAGUAUCUCGGACUGUAACGGAGAUCAGUUC